AUUUCUCCGGAUACAAAAUGAGAGGCCCAAACCUUCGAAAACUCAACACCAAUCAUCUACCUCGUCACCCCAUCAUUCACUCACCCUCAUCAACCACUCAACACUUUACAAAUCAAAUCCAACGGCUCCCUCCACUCACUUACUAUACUCCUCCCCACACCCAAUCAACCCAACCAUCAAUUUCAAAAAGCCUCAAUACUGAUCAAACUCAUACUCAUUUCGGUUUUCACCCGCUCAUUCAUUCUCCAGUUGCAAUGGCAAAACCAGUUUCCAUUGAAGUUUGGAACCCAAAUGGCAAAUACAGAGUUGUUAGCACCAAACCCAUGCCCGGUACUCGCUGGAUUAAUCUGUUGGUUCAACAAGAUUGUCGUGUUGAAAUAUGCACAGAGAAGAAAACCAUAUUGUCUGUUGAAGAUAUCAUUGCUUUGAUUGGGAAUAAGUGCGAUGGAGUUAUCGGUCAGUUGACAGAAGACUGGGGAGAUACGUUGUUUUCGGCAUUGGCUAAAGCAGGAGGGAAGGCUUUUAGCAACAUGGCUGUCGGCUACAACAAUGUUGAUGUCGAUGCAGCAACUAAGUACGGUGUUGCUGUUGGAAACACACCUGGUGUGCUUACGGAGACCACAGCAGAGUUAGCAGCAUCGCUUUCUCUUGCUGCCUCUAGAAGGAUUGUUGAAGCCGAUGAGUUCAUGAGGGCUGGCUUAUACGAUGGAUGGCUUCCUCAUCUGUUUGUGGGAAAUUUGCUCAAAGGACAAACUGUUGGUGUGAUUGGAGCUGGUCGUAUCGGAUCUGCUUAUGCUAGGAUGAUGAUUGAAGGGUUCAAGAUGAAUCUAAUCUAUUACGAUCUCUACCAAGCCACACGUUUGGAGAAGUUCGUUACAGCUUACGGUCAAUUCUUGAAAGCCAGCGGAGAACAGCCUGUUACCUGGAAACGAGCAUCAUCAAUGGAUGAAGUUCUUCAAGUAGCCGAUGUGAUAAGUCUACAUCCAAUAUUGGACAAAACAACUUAUCAUCUCAUCAACAAAGAAAGGCUUUCAAAGAUGAAGAAGGAAGCAAUCCUUAUAAACUGCAGCAGAGGACCCGUGGUUGAUGAAGAAGCUCUCGUGGAGCACUUAAAACACAAUCCUAUGUUCCGAGUUGGUCUUGAUGUUUUUGAGGAUGAGCCAUACAUGAAACCUGGCCUAGCUGACAUGAAAAAUGCCAUUGUUGUCCCUCAUAUUGCUUCUGCAUCAAAGUGGACUCGUGAAGGAAUGGCCACACUUGCUGCAUUAAACGUAGUGGGAAAAAUAAAAGGGUUCCCAACUUGGUCAAACCCGAAUGCAGUUGACCCGUUUUUGGAUGAGAAUUCAUCACCCCCACCAGCAUGCCCGAGCAUUGUCAAUGCUAAAGCACUAGGACUGCCCGUUUCGAAGCUCUAAAGAUUGUCUAAGCUUCUCUUGGAUUAGCAUUAACAACCUUCAAUUGUCGACGCGUGUAUUGUUUAUGCUCGCUACUCUGUGUGUACUCGUACAAGUUAAACUGUAUUCGAUAUAUGGUUAAACUGAAAAACAGAAACAAGAAGAUAAUAUCAAUUUCUCCUUUUGUCUACCCAAAAAAACAUAUCUCUAUUUCUUGAAGUGUGGAGUUUGUAAAAUCUUUAUAUAUGAUGAAUAUAAAUAAUCUUGACAUGCA